GGUAGUAGUCGGUAUGCGGCUGCUUCUGUUGGAAGCUGUUGGAUGCAAUUUUCAAAUUUUAAAACAAAACACCAUCAAAACACGCACAGAAAUACUUUGAUUGAAGUUGAGAAGUUUUGAUAUUUUUGAAUUUUUGAUUUCUCGGUUCUCGCUUCUCGCCUUCUCCGAGUUGAUUUCAGUUUCUCCAAAGAGUUGGUCAAUGGUCAUAAAGAUAAAAUAUUUCUGAAAAUUGAUCGUGAUCUUCUCGUGCCUAGUAUUACGCUUCAAUUUCAAUUUGACGCCCAACUUACUAUCGAAGCGAUUUAGAACAUCAUGAACUCACUAAACGACAAUGCUGAUUCCAUCUGCGAUGCUGAUAAUUCGAAAAGCAUGAAAAUUCAACAACUUUCUGAACUAGGAUUGGAGUUCUUCGAUACAGAAUUGGAUAAUGAUUCGCUUACACUGAAUUUGUUGAAUCAAGAUUCAUCGUCUUCAGUUGGUGGACCCAACGCUUCCAAAGAAACAGUUACGGUUGAUUUUAGUAAUUUGAAUGAUUUCGUUUCUGGAGGAAUUAUAAGUACUUUGUCGUCGGAAGAAGAUCCGGUACCUAUAAUAACAGUAUUACCAGUCACCGAUGAAGUAUUGGUUCCAGCUGAAGAUCGUACACCGGUGAGCAUCGAUGGUACAGAAUACCAAAAUUCGAAUUUACACGGUGCAUCUUCAAACGGUAAUCUCCUGUCUGGGAUUUCGGACAAAAAGGUAAUAAAUGGCACCAACAGUGAUAAAAAUGUUGGCAAGCCGUUUUCUAAUAUCAUUUUCACUAUCCUUGACAAACCGAACGAGCCACGCAAGAAAAUCAAAAUCAAGCCUAAAUGUAUACUUGAUAGUAUUGAAACUAAUGCAACAUCUAAAGAUGAUUCGAACGAUUUUUUCUUACCUGAUAGUGAGAAAAGGAAAAUUGUAGGUUCGAAAAAUGACUCGUGCAUGAAUGAUUUGGCUGAUUGUUCUGACUUGGACAAUAAAAUUAAUGAUACCUUAUUGGAUAUGUUGCAAGAUAAAAUUAUCGGAAAAAAUUCUGUUCCUGUAAAUUCCUUCCGUUCGUUGAACAAGCCUUUAGAUCGUUCCAAUGAUAAAGAAGUAUCCAAAUUCAUUGCAAUAUUUCCUUCAAAAUGCACAAACAAAGUCAUCAAUUUAAUGGUGAAAGGAAAAACAUGCCGAAGUAAGCAGCCAUUAACCGAUAUUGAAUUACGAAUAGUUACUAGAAUUUUGAAUCAGGAAAAUACGCUUCAAAGAAAAGAAACCGUGUACAAAAAUGUGUUUUAUGAUACAGAGACUGAUUCCAAUAUAAGAUAUGAAGUAAGACGUGAUGUUUCAUCUGAAGAAAAUAAUCUUCGCUCUGAUAUUAAUCUGAUUAAAAAUAAAAAAGGAAAGUCUAAAAAUAACCAAGGCUGUGAAGAAACCAACCAGGAUGCUUCUAAAAGUGAUGAGAAAUACGUAUUGAAAAGCGUUGCUCGUACUCGUUGUGGUCGAGUAUCUCGACCUCCUCGACAUGUCAUCAGAGAUUAUAAACGGCUGAAACAUCUUACAGCUCAUAAUAGCGAUGCUGAAGACGAAAACGAGAAUACUGGAGGGUACGCCGACUAUCAAUUAGUUGAUGACCCUAAUAAGCAGAACGUGGUUACUGAAAAGCGAAGAGAAACUGGGAAUCUAUUAUAUGGACCUUUGGAACCGAAUAAACGUCAGUUUUCUUCUCUGUCGUUAUGCCCUACUUGUGGUAAAGUGUAUCUAGGAUAUCGUCGAAUGGCCAUUCAUUUUCAAAAAUAUCCUGAUCAUAAAAACGAAGAAUUACUGAAUAGACUCCUGGAGGCCAAGAAAAAAUCAUGCGAUGAAACCAUGUUGUCGGAUAGUUCAGAGAUUAAUACAAAUGAAGAAAUUCUUAUUAAUGGUUCAGUCAGUCGAACUAAUGGUGUCAACAGCCGUACAAAUGGAGCAGUUAAAAGGAAACGUAAAUUGUGCCGUAAAAUCAAAAUGCCUUUAAAAAAUAAUGGAAUAUCUUUAAAAGAGCUCCUUUCAGUUUGUGACGUUGAUGAAAUAAUAAAAUAUGCCGCUCCAGUUGUGACAGGUUUCCUAAGCUCUUGGGAGUAUUUGUUAAUUCGUUCCAAUAAACUAAGAGCAGAGAACGAAACUCUGGCUUCAUUAGUUCUUAAAGAAAUUACCUCAAUUCUGAAGCAAAUUCGUAGCUUAUCGCAAUGCUUAUUGAAACCGUACGUAGAAGAUAAAGAAAACACGACGAAUAAAUUUGUGAUCGAAGAGGAAGAUGUGCUGCGGCAUGUUCUCGGAAUUAAACCAGGAACUUACAUGGCCUCCGAAAACGACACUUGGACCAAAGAGUUUUAUUGUUUUACAACUUGUUUUCAAAAUAUCAAACCUACAUGUGAAAAUAAUUCCUUAACCAACGCAGUUACUGCGGAAAACGCCAAUCAAACCAUCUCAGAAUGUAAUCUAGAUUCAGAUGUAAACCGUGCGAUAGUUGACCAUACGGAUCAACAAGUUUAUAACGAUACCAGAUCGGUGUUUUCUUCGCUUGAAUUUUCAACUCCACCUCAGGAUAUUUCUUCAGAUUUGAAUUUAUCGACUUCCACGUUGAACACUAUUGCCCACAUGGAUUCAAUUCCUACAACUAAUCCAGGAAAAUCAAUCGAUUUAUUUAAAAAUUUAUCGAAUGGCACUUUUAAUGAUAUGUCAUCUCAAUUACAUCAAACUAUACCAAUAAAUUCCAUUAUUGACCCGAAACGUAAGUUGAUCACUGAGGAUUCCAAUUCAGGGGCAUAUAGUCCGGACGCGCUGAACUUCGACUCGUUUGUAAAUAACGAAGUAGACAUGAUGAAUGAUUUCCCCAUUAGUUUACCUUUACUUUCGGAUAAUUCAUCGGAUAGCAAAGAUUGUUUACAUUUAUUACAAACGUCUUCUGCCGAAGAUCUAUUAAAUUCGCUAAAAACUAUGGAAAAUAGUAGCGAAUCUGUUAUCGCAGAAUUAAACAAUGCAAUAUCGUCAAAUUUACCUCUAUCAAGUACCGAUGCGAAUAACAUGAGUUCAGCGUUUGAAGAAACUGUCAAUGAAACUACCCCGCCAUGUAUUUUAGAUUUUGAAUCAAUUAGUUCUAAUUUUAAUUGUGAUGACUGAUUGUACAAGCAUUUUAUUUAUUGAUAAUAACAUUUUUAUAAAAAUUGUUGAGUUUUUCUUACCAAUAAAAUAUCAGUCUUGAA